AUGUCAUUCAUUGACGGUAUUCCAGGCUCCAUACUCUCACUAGUGACGGAGUUUCAGCACAAGAAUCAAGGCGUCUCCUGGUCCAUCCUUGGUGCUUUACCUCGUGCUGCAAUUGAACGUGGAGACAUUGAAAUGCUGCAUCAAUUGACGAAAUUAUCACGUACCAAGAGAUUUCAGUGCUGUCCAGAGCUUGUAUGGAAUCAGACGCUUAGUAUGAAGUAUGCGAUACAAUAUGGACAUGUCAAGAUGCUGCAGUAUGUAGCUGAGACGGGGACGUUACACUCUGAACCAAAUCAAGAAGAGAGUGCUAAGAUUGCAAGUAAUUUAUUAACAUGGGCGGUAAAAUAUUCCAACCUGUUUGAAUCGAGAUUGGAAUUGGAAAUUAUUCAAUGGGUGGUAAAAAAGUAUUCACAUGUGGCCUUUAUGGACGUAACGGCACAAGAUUUGAGUCAAGCAAGUAUACCAGUGUUGAUGUAUUUAAAGGAGAAAAAAAGUAGCAACGAAUGGAUUCCAAGACCCGAGAUUUGUCGAUUUCGUAGCGACCAUGGGAAAGAUAAAGACGCUGAGGUUUUUAUGCGACAGCAAAAUUGA